UCCCUUGUGGUAGCAGUCAAAUGUUUAAGGUUAGGGCUCGUGUAUAACCUAUAAUGAUUAAGCUCAGUUUGCUAUUUUACUAACGAAUUUUACCACAUCAUUAUAGAUGAUUAAUUAUGUCCUGUUUGCUUUUUACCGUUCAAGAAUUACAACCUUGUUACAGAUAAUAUACAUGUAUACUUAAUUUUGAAGACCUCAUCCUGUUUAAGCAUGUCUAACACGUGUGAUACAAUCAAUAUAUAAUUUCCUUCCGCUUUUUUUUCUUCCUAAAAUCACAGUUUUAAAACACCUUUUCUUGUUGCUUCAAAACCAAAUGAAGAAGGAUAUAUGGCUGGACUGUAUUUAAUUCAGGUGACAAUUUUGAUAUGUUUGAUUGCCUGUGUUGAUGGACAGGCUUUGUAUGAAGAGAUAUGCGUGAACAAAAUUGUAAAUGAGAUGCACCAAUUUUAUGAUAGAGAGAUGCAACUCCAGACACAAGUGAACAAACUAAAAGAUCAACUUGGUUCUUGUACAUGUAGAGACAAAGUAGAGUUUUUACAAUUUCAUCUGAGCUGUUUAAGUGAAAAGGGAAUCUAUCAAGAACAAAGUGUUACAAAGAAUCAGUAUUGUUUCAUAAAAUCGGCUUCUACAUGGACUGACAGCAAGACAAAGUGCCAGUCGUUCGGGGGACACCUUCUCGAAAUUGAAACACAGUCUGAGCAGACCUGGUUAAAGGGAAAAGUCUCCAUCUUGGGAGAACGAUUGUGGAUCGGCGCAGUUUUAGACACAAUAAAAAAUCUAUGGGUUUGGGAUCAUUCAGGCACUGCACUGAAUUUUACGAACUGGCAUCCAGAAGAACCAAAUGGUGAAGGACGUGAACAGUGUGCUCUGAUAUGGAACGCUGACCUGUGGCAGGAUUAUCCUUGCACUGACUUGUUUUACAUCAUCUGUGAAAGGAAAUAAGAACGAUUCUAUAAUGCGAACAAGUAGCCAAUAACUAAUAUUGUUAUAAUCUGCAGUUUAUACUCUCAUUAUUGAUGAAUCAUUUUUUUACUGUGAUAAA